AUGGAUACAGUGCAGGCGAAAAUAUUCUCGAUAGCGACCUUGGGCGUUUCUAGCAUCAUAGUGGGCGUUCUGCCGAACUGCUUCGCCAACCAAGGCCGCAGACAAUGGCCCUUAUUCCUGUCCUGUCUGCUUUGUUUCGGUGGAGGCGUUCUUCUCUCCACUGCCCUCAUCCAUAUCCUCCCGGAACUACGGGACAGUGUCCCGGAGGAGUACAGACAGUACACUGAGAUGGUGUUCUGCGCUGGAUUCUUCCUCCUGUAUAUGCUCGAUGAAAUAGUGCAUUAUUUCUACGGGGAUUCCCACGAAGCUGCCAUCUUACACCACAAUCACGGAAAUGGGAACAACAACGAAAGGAGGCAUUCGAUAACGUCCAAGUACAGUUACGGAGCUACCGAAAGAAGAGCCCUUCUCAAGGGCACAAACAGUCGCAAUCCUGUCGACCACCCUCCGCCCUACAACCCCUCCAUAUACAGGGCGCGCAGCGACAGCGUCCUGUUCGGCGAGGAGGCGCCCUCCCAGCUGUGUCACGUGGGCCAUCAGGAGCCCUGCCACGCUGCGCCCACCUCCAACAUAGGGCUGUUGGCGGCCCUUUCGGUGCACUCCCUGCUCGAAGGGAUGGUGGUGGGGUUGGAGUCACGCUCUGAUAAGGUUUUGCUGCUGUUGGGAGCUAUAGCUUCCCACAAACUUGUGGUGUCUUUUUGCCUGGGCAUGGAAUUAGCUUCGAAUCCAUCAUACACCUGCAGAAGACACUUUGUAUAUAUUUUGAUAUUCUCGUUAGGAUCCGUCGGUGGAAUAGUAGGAGGAAUGUUUGUCACGAAUAUUUCCAAUGGUAUCAAAACACUUUUGAUACCUUGCUUACAGGGUUUGGCUGGUGGAACUCUAUUAUAUGUAACUGUGAGUGAAGUUGUCCCAAGAGAAAGAGCAAGAUGGCACAAAGACCACGAGAAACGGAGUGCCGGAAUAAUUCAAUUCAUUUCCGUGGUGGUCGGUUUUGUUAUGAUGACAGUUCUAAGCAAAUACUUAGGU